GCGAAGCUCAGUCUAGCUUGUUCUUCGGUUCGUGACGGUACUCUCCCAGGAUAGCGGAAAAUCGAAUACGGUUUAAGGAUAAUGGGCACAUGUGAAGUGUUUGAGCUUAUGCGGUUGUGUUAGUGGGUUUUGUGUUGGUGUGCUGGUGGAAGGAAGUUUAGGGGAAAAAGCAAAGAGGAGAUUGAUACAGUGGAGGAAAAGCUUGUAAUGGAAAACGCUUAAUUUUCCUUUUCCUGUCGAUUCCAGUGCUUGUGCUACGGGUUGCCUAGUAAUGUGUACAACGGAAGUGGGGUGGAGAAUUUAUAUCCACUGAGUGAAGAGAAGUUUUGCUUAUCCUUAUGCAAGUGAUUUCUUUUGGGAUUUGUAGAAAAUAUCUCAAGUUCACUCUGAUCGAUACUGCUGGCAUGUGUUCAAAAAAGAAAAGCCAACAUAAAUAAUACUGAAAACGGGAUGAGAGUAAAUAAUUCGUCACUUUUAUGAGUUGUUAUGGUUUUAUGUUGGUCAAAGUUCUUUCUCUCUGUCGCUCUUCGUGCUAUCGUUUCAACUAGAGAAGUGUGUGGUGCUUGUUUGGUUACUCCGUGGAGUGUCCUUUUGCGCCAUCAGUGUUUUCGUAUGUUUUCCACUGUCAGCUGAAUGUCAUCACGCCUCGCAGCCUGGAGUGUAUCAGUGAAGUGUUGUGUUUACGCCAAUAGCCUCGACUGCUACCCCUUUUGGAGCCCUCGAGUGAGAUGAGAUGUAGGAGCUCGCUGCUCAACGCUAACCGGAAUACAACCUAGGAGGGAUACAGUGUAACCACUAAACAAGGAGCAGUGGCCACAGUUGUGUUUGACAGUGCGUUUACAAGGUCUGCACAAGCUUUAAAACAACAACGAUGCAGCAGCCACAGUUUAAAGUGAAUAAUUUACGCAAAUUAAGGAAAAUAUGGAUACAAAUUUUCCUACCCGUGUUGAUACUGAGUGCGCAUGUCCUGGUCGUGACAUCUCAGCAGCAAUCUCAACAACAUCAGCAGCAGCAACAAAAGGAAUUACAACAGCAGCAAUCACCGACCAAUUUACCGUCAUCGCCACAGAAACGAGGCGGUAACACCGACACCAGCAAGGACCACUGCAAUAAAACGGUGGACAUCUACGAGGAUGUGGCCUCGCCGGAAGUGACGAACACCAACCGAAACAGACCCCUCACCUGCUGGUAUCGAUUCCGCAGCUUCCGAGGGGCGCCAAGAGAUUUCGUCAUGCGGUUGAAUUUCAAAAAGUUCAAAGUUGGCAACCUGCUCAAUGCAACGCACUGCGAGGGCGGCUAUCUGCAGAUUGUGGACGGAAAUGCCAAAACCGAUGUGUCGAAUCGCCGUGAGCCGGGUCAGUUUUGUGGCGAGUCCGAACAACCGCAAACAUUCAUCAGCGAAACGAACGCCGUCAAAAUCGUCUUUCAUACCGAUAAUUUCACCGAUCAGACCUAUUUUGCGUUUGACUCCCGAGCGGAACAGCAGAUGGAAGUGUUCAAUCGAUACGGUCCCCAUCCGGAGCUCUACCCGAACCGACGAGGCGAAGUGGUGCAGGGCUCUUACUGCGAGCGGGAAUUUCGCGACUGCCGGCUGCAAACAUGCUACGUACAAUCGCCCGCCUAUCCGGGAAUUUACCCGCGGGCCCUCAAGUGUCGAUACAGGCUGCAAACCAGAUUGCCCUUCAUUAAGCUCUACAUCCAGAACGAACAGUUCGCCGUCGAUGGUCAGAGGUGUGAAAACAUCAUGACAUGUCCGAUGAAGGAGAUUGGAUCUGGCUCAGAACACUGCCCGUACGAUUGGCUGGCGGUUUACGAUGGACGCGAUGAACACGCUCCGCCGAUUGGCAAGUUCUGUGGGAUGGGAAAGUUUCCUUUCAGCAUCAUAGGAACGUCGCAAUACAUGUACGUGGAGUUUGUGUCGUCUCCGGCAGGACCGCUGCUCAACACCGGAUUCCAUUUCAACGUAGGAAACUGGCCGGGCCAUGUGGAGACGGUUGGCACCAAGCACGGGGCCUGCGAUUGGCUGCUCAGCUCUGACGCUCUGAAGGCUACGAGUGCUUCAGAAGGAAUUUUCCUCAGCGUGGCACAUUGGUAUCCACCGAACACGUCCUGCAGCUAUCACAUCCAAGGAAAUGAGGGUGAAAUCGUUCGACUGUAUUUUCCAAGCUUCCGUAUAAAUCGAAUCGAAGCUCCCAUAAUCAACUACGAAGAAGACUGCGCCGAAUCGCUCACCAUCUACGAUGCUAAUCAUCCGGAUCCGGCGCGUAUCAUCAAAACUUUCUGCGACACAUUUUCACGACCAAUGGAGAAGAUCGAUUUCGUGAGCACCGGUCGAUCCCUGUACGUGAAGUUCCUCAGCAAGACAGGCUCUUACAGUGGUAGUUCGCUGUACUAUUGGGCACACUACGACUUUUUCAACAACACCAAAUACGGCGAUCCGGUGCAGAAUACACUUUGCGAUGAGAUUUUUUACGCUUGGAAAUACAACAAGGGCGAGCUGGGGUCUCCAAGAAACACUUUAAUCUACAAGCGAGCUGCUGGAAGUGAUGUGCGAUGUCAGUACAAGUUCGUUACGGAUCGAAGGCUGUUCUCGAGAGUCGUUGUUGAAGUCACUUCGGUUAUGUUCAAAGAGGUACCGUACUCGAUGACUGCUUGCACCAGAUGUCAUGAAGAACGCGUCGAUAAACUGAUUUUGUGGGAGGAGAAGGAUAAAAAUCAAAACCGGUUGGCAUGCUUCUGCGACAAUAUUCCCCGUCCUGUUCGAGUAAUUUCGUCGGGAGAUCAGAUGAACCUAGAACUGAUCAUUCAAGGCCAACAUGCGACGACCAGUUAUUUCAAGAAUCCGAAUACCUUGUUCGAAGCAAACUAUGAAUUCGCUCAUGGUCCGAUCUGUGGUCCAAUUACUUUAGGACCGUCACCUGAUGGAGAAUUAGUAUUCCCGUACAAGAAUGCCCUAGGCAUACAGCUGAAUGAGAAUCGUCGCGAGAAAUGUAUAUGGGAGCUCAAGGUUGCUGCCCAAAGAGAUCUGUGGCUUCAUCUAGAUAAAGCAAGGUUUGCCGAAAAGAGCUGUGAACAUGCAAGAAUUGAAAUCUAUCUUGCAGGAAGGCUGGAACCAAGAUUCAUAGUGUGUCCGGAGAAUGUCACCCUUGCUCGAGACUUCGCUAUCCUUUCAGCAGCUGAACUAGGAUCUGUCGAAAAUGAAAACGAACCACUGCCAGUGUUAAUCCAGUAUACGGGUGAUAGCGCCAUUGGCAAGAAUGCAUUCAAAUUCGUGUGGACCGAACUUUUCCACCUGCCGAGAAAUGCUGAUGGAACCUUGGCGACUUCGUCUAUGUUCAAGGAUAGCUGUGAUUUCUACUGUCCUGGAGACCAACACGUAUGUAUUCCAGAGUACCUGCUGUGCAAUGGAGUUUCAAACUGCCCAAAUGUGUCUGGUCUUCGUGUAGUCGAAAGCAAUAUCGAUAAGAAUUAUGAAUACAUCGAAGAGAACUACAUCCGUGCUGGAUUGUUUGAUAAGGAGUUCUUAUUGAACAUCCCAUAUCUAACGGACGAAGCACCAGAACUGUGCCGUACCAAGUACAUUCCCAAUACGGGAGACUACCCUGAUGUGGUAGAGUGCUUCCAGUUUCCCGUCAUUCAGAUGGUGGUGGCUGGUGUUGUCUUAUGUACGCUGAUCAUUCUCGCCUUCACCAUAUAUUGCCGACUGUACGGCCAGAAAUAUUACGACUGAGACGUGCCUCCUUCGGAAUGGAGCAGCAGUUCUCGUCCAAACUUUUCAGUAGAUACUGUGUAGCCAAGUGAAACUCUUAGAAAAGGUUAAGUUUUAGCAUAAUACAAUGCAACCAAAAGCAAGCAUGCCUUCAUUUUCCUCCCCCUUUUCGAUAGUUUAUUCGUCCAGUAAAGAAAAAACACACAACACUCCAAUUAACGGAUUCAAGUCACAAACUUUAAAGUGCACUGCGAUGAAAAUCGACUCAAAAUAUUAGAGAGGGAAGGGUUGCAAUCAGGUUGGGAUCGAGAGCAUUCCUAAUAAGACAGUUUUGCUAGCUUCGUUUCAGAAGUUUCGUUUGGCAGACAAGCUUACGGAUGGGAAACAAAAACGCAAAGUGACAAAGCAGCCCUUCUCUCGACAAGUUAAGUUUUAGGCAACAGAUUUUCCUAGUUUUUCCGUUUGUAGGAUCAAAUUAAAAAAUAAAACAUCCACUCGGCAGUUGAGUGGCAGCGGAAAGUUAGUCAUUUACAGAGUAAACCAAAGAGAGAAAGAAAGCGCAGAGUGUUGACAUGCCGUUGGUGCACUUGAAAGUCUCGCCAGCAACACUGAUCAACCCUUUGUUAUGUAUUGUCAAGUAGAGAGAAAAGUUAUUUAAAAUCGAAAGUAAAUACAAAUUUAAAACCACACUGCACAAUUUGUAAAUAUGAGCAACAAAAUGAACAAAUUUAACGAGAUGAAAUAGGAAAAACCAAUUCAAUUAUAUACAACUGCAGAUAAACUUGUAGAGAUGAAAAAGAAAGAUGAAGGUUAAUAAACGAGAAAUAAAACUAA